AUGCUCCGACACAAACCAACCCGCAUAUCCCUCGACGAAACGGACCUUCACUUCCAUCUCUCCCGCGUCUACGCCCGCCAUCCAGAGUACUACUACUACUACUACUACUACGAAGGCGACGGCGACAUGGACGACCAGCUGUCCUUGCACUCAGACACCCCGUCGUCCUCUGUUCCCACCCAUAUAUCAGAGUCGAUCUGUGACGGGGAGGAUGUCGCGCCUGCUGGCCAGAAUCCAUAUCCCGGUCUGAGAUGUAACACCGCUGCUGAUAUCGUCUUGUCGUCUCGUUCGAGCUCUUUGGUUACCAAUCCUGGUUCGGAUAUGAAAUCCCCCACACAAACCUGCCUCAGUCUCAACAAAGAGAUUGAAGAGCUGUGUACAAACACCACCUGCGGCACCCAUCACGACCCCACUCCAGGUGGUCUAGUCGUGCAAUUAACCAGCCUCAUCGACCUCGCUUUGAGCACCCUCCCAGGCGACACCGUCUACCAAGCAAACAAAAUGGCCAAGAGAGGUCGUGCCAAAAACAAGCAGGCCAAGGCUGGUGUGCGAGAGACGUCCUCGGAUACUGUCAGUAUGGGUGUAGAAGACGGUAACAACCCGGUGUGGGACAUCAAUGCGAAUGCAAACUUGCCCCAUGCCGAGGAGAGAAAAGAAGGAAACGCAUCGCACACGGAAGCAAAGAUCCCCGCCCACAGACGCUGCGACUUUUCUUCCGCCGUGCUGCGUGAGACCAACGAGCCUCCGCGUCCCUAUGACCGCAGCAUCCUCGACAUCGACCCCCCGACCACUUUCGUGAAUGAAAACGUCACAGACACCAAGCGUCGCGGACAGGACAAUCAGACCAAUUCCAUCAUGUACGGCGUCCGUCCCGAGAUCAAAGCGGUGAACCACGGUCUCGUCCACCCCAUCCUGAUGGACGCAUACCACUUCCACAACUACGUCAACGACUUCAUCACCGAAGUGCAAGGCGGUCGCGUCGACGACAUCGCCGAACUCGGCCUGAGAAACCUGGAGCCGUUCAAGGUCCCGGGCGACGAAUUGCAGAUUGUCCCCCAAGUUAAAGGCGGUGGCGACCAAAAUGACGAGUUGGAUUAUUGAUGAUUGACGAUUGAUUGAUCGCAAAUGGAGAAGAGUUAUUGACUUAGUUAGUUGGCGUUUUGCCUUGAGUUCCUGUUGUUGGCGACUAGUCGG